CACCCCUGCUAUAGGGUAAAGGCCAGAGGAAGUAAGAGCUCAGUAUAAAAUAAGUUGGAUGUUCUUCAUUUUGGUGCAGAAGAUGAAUUUCGUACAGAGACUUUGGUGUGAUUGUGACCUAAUGCUACUAGUGUAGCUUGAGCCUUGGCGUACACCGGAGCAGCAGAGGUUGGAUUGGUGUUGUUGAUGUGACGUCAUCACGCAAAGCAGGGAAGACCGCAUCAGGAGGACAGCGUGUGCCACGGUUGGUAGCAAGAAACACGCUAACGCUGAUACUCAUCCGGCACUUGCAUUGAAGAGGUUAGUGCACAGGAGGCCGGCGGAGAUGGGAUCCUCAGUACAGCUGGGAUAUACCGGAUGAUUACUCCGCAACCGCAUAGUGGGGCCACGAUUACGGCACGACCUGUAUGCUGCCGGGUUUUAAAAGUCUGGGAAGCAAAAAACAUAUUCAACUUAAAAAAAAUAUUUCAACUUUCUUAUUAGUUAAGAAUACGACAUCACCAUGGAAACCUAAAUCACCAAGGCCGGGAAGUCUAUCUCUGGGAGGUAGUUUUGUAUCAGUACAGCAACAUUUUAUAUGUAUAUGACUUAUUUAAAAUGGCAUUUGCUAUACUUAUUUCCAGUUGUAUACAUAAAUAUUUGUUAAAAAUGAAUAUUAAUUUUAUUUAUGAAGCUAUUGGAACUAAAGAGCUGGUUAUUUAUCCCACCUAGAUUAGCUACAUUUUCUGCAAAAGGUCAUGCACAUAUUGGAUCUAACUUUUGAUAGUGUCCAUUUUUUUUUAUCCUUGAUGGAUCUGUAGAGAACAAUAUUGGGUAACUUCAUACUACAGAAAAUGUUUGAAAGUUUCAACAUAGAAUCCUGUAACCACUUCAGAAUAUUGUAAAAACUAUUUUGGUUUGUGCUGUUGGUGUAUAUUACAUGCCCCCAACUAUUCCUCUUAUGGAAGAGGGAACCUUUUUGUUUAAUGACACCUGUUGUUUCCAGUCCCAAAAGGGCCCCUGGUUUUAAAGCUCUAAAACGUUAAUAUGAAUUGCAGUCUCACCUAAGACCCUUAAAGGGACAUAAUACUCAUAUGCUAAAUCACUUGAAACUGAUGCAGUAUAACUGUAAAAAGCUGACAGGAAAAUAUCACCUGAGCAUCUCUAUGUAAAAAUGGAAGACAUUUUACCUCACAAUUUCCUCAGCUCAGCAGAGUAAGUUCUGUGUAAAAUGUUAUACUUCACCUGCUCCCAGCUGCAGGUAAAAAAAAAAAAAAUGAAGAAAUGAACAGCAGCCAAUCAGCAGUGCUGAGGUCAUGAACUCUUACUGUGAUCUCAUGAGAUUUGACUUAACUCUCAUGAGAUUUCAUAGCUUCCUUUACCUGAUUGGUGAAAUAAUAUGAGAGUUCACGAGGCUCAUCCUUUCAGCUGUCCUAGGACAGACACUAAAAUGCUGCUUAGAAAUCCUUUACAAUGGGAGGUGGCUACUGAGGAACUUUUGAGGUAAAAUAUCUUUCUUUUUUACAUAGAGAUGUUCAGGUGAUAUUUUCUAGUCGGCUUUUUACAGCUAUUCUGCAGCACUUUAAAGUGUUUAAACAUUUGGGUAUUAUGGCCCUUUAAGAUAAUGCACUGCCUUUCUCCAUGUACAUAUUGCUCUUUCAUAGUUCAUGAGAGUGAGGGCAAAAAGCUCGUUUAUGAAGUACUGAGAAUAUAAAGUUCUCAGUUUAACAUUAUAAUUCAGAAUAUUUUCUUUGAUCGUUGCCUUUUUUCAUUGCAUAAUGUCCAGCUGCAAAUAUUGUAUGAUAAGUAUGUGCCACUCUAGUUCCUUGAGAUGUUGUUGGGAUGUAUGAAAUUCUAAAAUGUUGCUGUGCUGCCUUAGUUCAUUAGGGCAGUGUUUUCCAACUCCAGUCCUCAGGGCACACACACUUAAAGGACCAGAUUUUCAUGAUAAUUGAGCUAGAGCACAGGUGAAAUAAUCAGCUGAUCAGUAACCAUGGUUACUAACCUGCGCUCACCCAUCAGCUGAUUAUUUCACGUGCUCUAGUUCUGAUAUAAUAAUCUGGACAAUUAGUGUGCAGUGAGGACUGGAGUUGAAAAACACUGUAUUACAGGAUGCAAUCUGAUUUAUAGAAUCUUCUGCAUCCAUAUUUUGUACCAUGCAAAUUUGAACCUAUUGAAGAAAACUACCUCCCAGAGAUAGACUUCCCCUGGCCUUUUCUCUUUUUUUUUUCUACUAUGGAAAUUCUGCCGGCUAGGACAAGCCUGGCUAAACUGUUAAACUCAAAUCCAAGCACGUGUAAAAUAAACUAUGAUUAUUCAUGUGAACUUUACCGAAUAUCAACAUAUUCUAGAUUUCCUAAUAAUGUGCCAGUUUCUGAGCGUAGUCUCGCUAAAGCUGGGUUUUAUUAUACUGGUGUUGAAGACAAAGUGAAAUGUUUCAGUUGUGGCCUUAUGCUCGAUAAUUGGAAGAAAGGAGACAAUCCAUCUGAAAAGCAUAAAAGGUUGUACCCCAGUUGUAGUUUCAUCCUGAAUGCUCCCUCAUUGAAUCUUGGAUCAUCUUUAUAUUCUGCAUUUUCCCCUCCUGCCAGUGCAAGUAGUCAGUCCCAUAGUUCCUCCUCUGAAGAUGUUGCAUACAUCAGUGCUUGUUAUACAAGUAUUCCCCAAGAUAUAGUUACAUCAAGAGGGGUUGAAGAUCUGACACACUUUAAGUCUGAGAGUUACUCUUCUAUGAGCACAGAAGAAGCAAGACUCCGAACCUUUCAUUCUUGGCCACUAGCAUUUCUUUCUGCUUCUGACUUGGCAAAGGCGGGCUUUUACUACAUAGGACCUGGAGACAAAGUUGCUUGCUUUUCUUGUGCUGGAAAGCUAAAUAAUUGGGAACCAAAAGAUAAUGCAAUGUCAGAGCAUAAAAGGCAUUUUCCAGACUGCAAGUUCGUGAAAAAUGUUGCAGGGGCUUCUCCAAGGAUAAAUGUUUCAAAUGUCAGCAUGCAGACUUCCUCUUCUCGAUUAAAAACUUUUGUAAGCUGGCCAUCUAGGAUUCCAGUGCUUCCUAAACAACUUGCCGAUGCUGGAUUUUAUUAUGUUGGUCGGAAUGAUGAUGUCAAAUGCUUUUGUUGCGAUGGUGGUCUAAGGUGUUGGGAGUCUGGAGAUGACCCAUGGGUUGAACAUGCUAAGUGGUUUCCCAGGUGUGAGUAUUUAUUACGUAUUAAAGGUCAAGAUUUUGUUCGUCAAAUUCAAGAAAGAUAUCCACACCUUCUUGAGCUGCUGUCAAAUUCAGAAACCCAAAUCAAUGAAGCACAGUAUCCACCUAUUAUUCGUUUAGGAGGAGACAGUAGCCAAGAGGAUGACCUGAUGAUGAAUACACCUGUAGUUCAAACUGUUUUGGAAAUGGGUUUUAACCGCGUAUUAGUAAAGCAGACUGUUCAAAGCAAAUAUUUAACCGCUGGAGACGGUUACAAAGAAGUUGCUGAUUUGGUAUCUGAUAUUCUAAAUGCACAAGAAGAGCAGACGGAAGAAGAACGAGACAGACAAACUGAAGAAAACAUUGCUGAUGAACUAAUUUUACUUCGGAAAAGCAAAAUGUCUUUGUCACAGCGAAUGACCACCACGCUUCCUAUUCUGGAUGGUCUUCUCUUGUCCAAUGUGAUCACAGUAUCUGAAUAUGAAGCAUUAAAGCAGAAAGAGCCACGUGUUGAACAAGGACAAGAACUGAUCGAUACUGUAUUAAGAAAAGGAACUACUGCAGUUCAGGCGUUCAAAAAUGUGGUAAAGGAAUGUGAUUCAGCCCUUUACAAAGAGCUAUAUAUGGAACAGUCAUUAAAAUGCAUAUCUUCAGAAGAUUAUUCAGAUUUAUCAAUGGAAGAACAGUUGAGAAGGUUGCAGGAAGAGCGUACUUGCAAAGUUUGUAUGGAUCAAGAGGUUUCCAUCGUGUUUAUUCCCUGUGGACAUUUGGUUGUAUGUAAAGACUGCGCCCAUUCACUCAGGAAGUGCCCAAUAUGUAGAGGAACAAUCAAAGGCACAGUUCGAACCUUCCUUUCUUGAUACAGACUAUUUAUUGCAGUGUAAAUAAAUUUUCUCCACUUGUGUAUUAAUAAAAUAUUUUUAUUUAGUAA